AUGACACCAGUUCAAGCACUUGGAUUUUUAACAGGGUUCUUUAACUAUUUUAAACAAUUAAACAUUAAUAUAUGUGAAUGUGGAAUAGAUGCGACUUGGCUUGAACUUUACAUAUUAUAUGCAGAAAUUGAUAGUUCUGAAUAUCCGAUUGCAUAUCUGUUUUUAGAAAGUAACAGCAAAUCUAGAAAUAGAAUACAAACAGAUACUAUUUUAACCUUUCUUAAUGAAAUUAAGCUACAAGGUUUAUUGCCUGAAUUCAUAUUGACAGAUAAAGAUUUUACACAGAUUUCUGCAAUCCGUUUUACUUGGCCAAAUGCUAAGAUUCAAUUGUAUCACUAG